AUGAAGGUAGUCGGGCUGCUGUCUGGUGGCAAGGACUCAUGCUACAAUCUCGUCCACUGCGUCCAACAAGGUCACGAGCUGGUGGCGCUAGCGACCCUCGCGCCGCCAGGGUCCAAGGAUGAGCUCGACUCGUACAUGUAUCAGACGGUUGGGCACGAUGCGGUCCAUCUCGUCGCCGAAGCGAUGGGUCUUCCGCUCUAUCGUCGGAUCAUCAAGGGCACCGCUGUCAAUCAGCGCUCCGAGUACGGUUCUCGCACCGCAUCUUCAUCCACCUCCUCGUCGACAGAGGAUGAAACGGAAGACCUCUACCACCUGCUCGCCGACGUCAAGGCACACCAUCCCGACAUUCAGGCCGUUUCCGUUGGUGCGAUCCUAUCCAAUUACCAGCGUGUGCGUGUCGAACACGUCGCGUUGCGCCCCGAUAUCAACUUGACGCCACUGACGUUCCUCUGGCAACGCUCGCAGUCCGAGCUGUACGCAGAGAUGCUCGACGCAGGACUCGUUUCAAUCCUCAUCAAGGUAGCUGGGAUUGGGCUUGACGAGCGAGACUUGGGCAAGACGCUAGGUCAGAUGCAGAUGAAGCUCGAAAGGCUAUCGUCGAUGUAUGGGGCGCACGUCUGCGGGGAAGGCGGAGAGUACGAGACCUUGACGAUCGAUUCGCCCUUGUUCAGGAAGCGGAUCGAGGUGGGCGAAACAGAGACAGUGGUGCAUUCGGAUAGUGGCUUUGGAAGCGUCAGCUAUCUGCGGUUGAAAAAUGCGAGGCUGGUCGACAAGGAAGAUGGACUUACUGCGACAACGGCGAGGACUCCGCCGCUACUGGAUGCUAUCGGGAGGAGGACGUUGAGAGCUGCGCAAGCCGAGGAGGACGCAAGCCGUACAAACGCAGCAGAUCUGUCCAACCGAGUCAGCAGCCUCGACAUCAAAGACAGCAGUCUGGAGUAUCCAUCGCCGUCAAUACGUCGCAAAGGUCGCUAUCUCGUCAUGUCCAACAUCACCGGCCUCUCCACCUCCUCUCCCUCUCCCGUCUCCGUAGAAGACCAAGUCGCAAACGCUUUCGGCACCAUCCGUUCCCUCCUCUCCUCGGCCUUGUCAUCCCAACCUCUCGGUAUGCAGCACAUCACGCACAUCAACCUGUAUCUCCGCUCUCAAACUCAGUUCGCCCGCGUCAACUCGGUCUACCGCACGCUCUUCGGUGUCUCGCCACCCACGCGCGCCUGCGUAGCUCUUACCUCGCUUCCUCCCGGCUGUGAUCUGGUGAUCAACGCCAUCGCCUUCGACGACAUGCCCGCGUUCGAUCGGCGCGCGCUUCAUGUUCAAGGGCGCUCCUUCUGGGCACCAGCAAACAUCGGGCCGUACUCGCAGAGCUUGGUGCAGGCAGAGAAGAUUUGGGUCGCAGGCCAGAUCGGGUUGACACCGGCCGAUCUGAGCUUGCCAAAAGAAGAGGAGCUGCAGACCGCGCUGAGUGUCCAACAUGCGAGGAGGAUACUCAAGGCCACGAUGAACGAUAUGGGUGGUCGCAGUGUGGAGAAGGGCUGGGUCGAGGGCGGGAUAUGUUGGUUGGAUGACGUGGGGAGGGUGGAGAUUGCGAGACGGGCGUGGAUGUGUCAAGGCGAGAGCGAUGAUGACGAUGAUGAUGGUGAGGAGGAGAAGGAGGGAGAGGAGACGGAGAACUGGCUUGGUCAGACAGGCGGGGACGGAAGUAAGGUGCGGCCGAUGCUGUUUGUCGUGCUUCCAAAGGCGUCAUUACCGAGAAGCGCAGCGAUCGAGUGGCAGCUCACCGCGCACACAGGUCGCAUCCCGCCGCCAAUCGAGCUCACUGAGGACACCGUGCCUUCAGAUGAGAGCGAAGACGACGAUGACGACAACGAACCAGGUUCCGAUACUACCGACGUCCGCAUCACCCGUCAGACCGCCACGGUUGAAUCUUUCGAAGUCGUCCACACGAUCACCAGCUCAUCGUUAGCCAAGAGCGCUUUCGGCGUCCUCACUAUGCGAUGUCUUCCGUCCUCCACAACAGCACACGAACAGGACAGUGACGCGACAGACGCACUCAGAGCUUCGUUACGGUCUUGCAUGGAUCGGUCUUACGCCACACAGCUCUUCCGACCGAACGGAAAGGAAGUCGGAGAAUCGAUGGACGUCCUCAAGCGUUUACUCUGGAUUUUGGACGCAGGAGACGGCUCAAAAAAGCUGUACGACUCUCAACUGAUCUCCUGCUCAGCGUUACACAGCCUCAGCGCUGAUUCGGCAGCACAGCAAGUGGACGUUGCUCUGGUAUGGCAUGGUAUCUGA